AUGGCGUCAACAAGGGGAAUUUACUUUUUUUGUUUUCUCAUUUUUCUUCUUUUGGUUCCUGAAUCUUUGUUAGCUAAAUCAUUUGGGAUAAAUCGCAAAGUCAAAGAACAAGCAUUACCUCCUUCAGAACUAGAUGGAAAUAAACAAUUGGAAUCGGAUUCAAGUUCCAAAGAUAAUCAAGUCCCUCAAGGAACUCAAAUUCCUCCAAAUUCAGUCGAAGAUAGUAAUCAUUCGGGAAUCAUGUCUAAAGAUAAGGGAGACUCAAAAGACAGUAAGCAAUUGGGGUCAAGUUUUAAAGAUACAGAGGAUACAAAUGAUAAGAAGAAAUCAGAGUCAAGUUCAAAAGAUGAAGAAGAGAAGGAGAAAAUGGAUAAAACUGAGAAGGAUAAAAAGAAAAAAGAGGAAAAGAAUAAAAAAGAUAGAAAGCAAAAUGAUAAAGAGGAGAAGGAUACGACGCAGAAGAACAAAAAAGAAAAAAGGGAGAAGGAUGAACCAGAGAAAGAAGGUAAUGAUAAAAAGAAUAAAGGGAAUAAGGAGAAAAAGGAUGAGGAAGAGAAUGACAAGAAAGAUAAGGAGAAGAAGGAUAAAAUGGAGAAAGAAGAAAAGGAUAAAAAUGGAAAGGAAGGAAAGGAUAAAGAGGAGCAGGGGAAGAAAGAUAAAGAAGAGAUGGAUAUAGAAAAGAAGGAGAACAACAAAAAUAAGCAAUCAGGAUAG